AUGAAGAUCUUCAGCCUGGUUCAAGCUUUGCUGCUCCUGGCGACGGUUGCCAAUGCAGGGUUUCUCCGCCGAAAAGGUUAUGCCCCUGGUGUGGUUGAUGUGGCAGACGCCAAUGCCAGUGAUCCGAUCAGGAAGUCAAAGUCGGAUAGGCGAACGUAUUUCCACACGACCCUGGACUCGGGACUGAAAGUUCUCUUGGUCGAAGAUCCCGAAGCGCAGAAGUCCAGCUAUGCCAUGGCUGUGGAGGUGGGCUCUUUGGAGGACCCCAAGGGUUUCCAGGGACUGGCACAUUUCUGUGAGCACAUGGUGUUUCUGGGCUCGAAGAAGUACCCUGAGGAGGACAAAUUCUCCGAUCGGCUGGCUUUCUUUGGUGGGCAAAGCAACGCUUACACUGCGAGCGAUCAGACAGUGUACUAUGCAGAGGUCAGUGAUGAGGGCUUUCAAGAGACCUUCGACAUAUUUGCUCAGUUCUUUAUCGAGCCGACAUUUGCGGCUAACAUGGUGGACAAAGAGAUAAAUGCAGUGGAUUCUGAACACAAGAAGAACAUGCCUGACGCCACAUGGAGGCUCUUCCACCUGAUGAAGUCAAGAGCCAAUCCGCUGAGCCCGGUGAGCCAGUUCUCUACAGGGAAUCUCAAGACCUUGAAGACGGACCCGGAGCAGGAUGGCCGGAGCUUGCCAGAAGCUUUAAAGAAGUUUCACAAGGAGCACUACUGCCCAUCUCGCAUGCACCUCGUGAUCAUGCAGAACUCUUCCAUCGCGCAACAGCUGCAUGCUGUCCACCGGAGCUUCGAUGUUUUCGGCAAAAGCGCCGGCAACUGCAAACCGCGACCCACCUACGACACUGUCGAAAUGUACAGCCACAAGCUCGGCAAUCUCGGCAGGAAGUUCACCGUGCACACGGAUGGUGCUCCACAGCUCUGGUUGCUGUUUCCCACCUCCUCGCUUAGAGGUAAGUACAAGGAGCAGCCGGAAGCCUACGUCCACUACGCCAUGAACCACUAUGGCCAAGGUGGCCUGAAGGCAUUGCUGAAACGCGAGGAUCUCUCAAUGAGCUAUUCCACCAUGGCGGAGACGUCAGCUGCAGGCACUCUCCUCUUUGUUAUUUUUGAACUCACCGAAAGGGGUGUGCGAGAGUCCGACCGCGUCAUGGAGCAUUUCUUUGGCUACUUUCAGAUCUUGCAGAAGGAGGGUGUCAACAAGAACAUUCUUGAGAAGAUUCAAUUGCUGAACCAAGUCAUGUUCGAUUACCAAGAUCGGUCCGGAUCCGAGUCUGGCUACGUGACGUCCAUGGCAGGCUCUCUGCCAAAUGCAGAACCACGCGAUGUACUUACAGCUGGCACGCUGAUUGAUCAAGUCGACACAGAGCUUUCAAGCAAGUUGCUCAACAGCAUCAAGCCAGGCAACAUGAAUGUGGCGCUCGUCACACCGCACAUUACAUCGCAGAACGUGCUCGCGCAUCAGAAGCAUGAGCAGUACUACGACUUCAACUUCUCCGAUGAAGCCUUGGAUGAGGGGCUGUUGCAACGGCUGACUUCGGCAAGUUCCACCGGUCUUCGGGAGCCUCCACCGUUGGCGUAUGUUCCUACCAACUUAGAGUUGAUUCGCGAGCCGGGGCCUACUCAGCUCCCAGAGAAGUUGCCGAAGAAGACUGUGGAACUCUGGUGGCUGGGCCUCGGGCCGUUUCAGCUGCCUAAAGCUCAGGUUCAAGUGAAAAUCGCAUACCCACGAAGGAUCAUGGAAAGCCCUGCUCGUUCUAUUCUGGCUGCGAUGCAUUCCCGGCUUGUUCAGAUGGUGCUGGAGGAACCAUCGGAUGCAUUCCAAAUGUGCGGUCUGAGCUACAGCGUCGGCACCGGUCACGAUGGCCUAAGCCUGUCCUUUUUUGGGUUCAAUGAGCACCUUCUUGAGCUCGUGCGCCUUGUCUUGCCGCAGGUGAGAAGACCAAGCGUUUCUCAAGAAGACUUUGACAUGGUCAGGCGACAGAUGGUUGUGGAUUUGUCAGAUGUCACGAGUCAGCAGCCUUAUCAGCAUGCAAUGGAGGCCUUUGAUGUUGUUACCGUUAGCGGAACGCAUUCCAGAAAAGACCUGUUAAAAGCAGCCGGUGACUCUUGGGCCGUGAGCUUGUCCGAGCACGACGCAAUGCUGGAAGACAUGUUUGCCAACCCAGUGGUCACACUUCUUGCGUCAGGAAACCUGAAGCGUGUCGAGGCAGAAAGCUUGGCAGAUGAAGUGCAGGACAUUCUUGGCAGGAAGUCUGCACCCCAUGGGUUCUUGGCAAAGAUGUGGUCGUUCUUCGCAAGCAUAUUCUCAAGGAGCCAGACAACCGUGACCUCAGAUGGAAUCGAGCCGCGCCCGCUUGUCAUAAACCCAGGAAAGGACAUUGAGGUCCGAGUGGGCAAUCCCAUCCCUGGCGAUCCCAACUCGGCAACCAUUGUAGCAUACCAAUUUGGAGUGCCGUCUUUAGCUGAUCGUCUUCGGUUCAGCUUGAUCUCUAGCAUCAUUGACCGACCAGUGUUUCAAGUCCUGCGUACCGAGCAUCAGCUGGGCUACAUCGUUUUCGGCUUCACAACGGUCCACUUAGACAUCCUGGAGAUUCGUGUCCUUGUUCAAGGCUUCCGGGAGCCCCCUGACGUCGUUGAAAGGCUGAUUGAGUCCGCGGUGGCGAACCUCACCUCUUCCUUUGUUUCUUUGACACAAGAGGAGUUCAAUAUGAAGAAGGCGAGUCUCCGAACGGACCUGCAAAAGCCGCCGGCGAACUUGCCAGAGUUCGCUGGGCGCUUCUGGGGUCAAAUUUGGGAUGAAACUUAUUGCUUCGACAAGGUGGAGAAGGAGCUGCAUCUUUUGGGUAGUGCAGCAUUCCAAAAUCCACAGUCUUUGUUGGAGGUGUGGAAGAACACCACGCAAGUUACCAACACCAGCCGUCCCAAAAAGCUUUCAGUGAAGCUUUUCGGUUCAGAUGAGAAGACUGGGUUGGUUUCUAUCCCAGAAGUUCGCGCCCGCCAGGACCUGCAAUUCGUCACAGAUGUCGAAAAUCCUCAGAUUGAGGACCAACCGCGAUGGCCACACAAAUUCCUUUGCGAAUGA